UUUCAACUGGACCUUAAAAUUACUUGUUAAUUAAUCACGACUAAGUUAUGGUCUUUUUUAACUGUCAAAUUUUCAAGCCACUAAUUGACUAUAUGAGUAAACUCUAUCAGCUAAUGCUAUCACCAAUUUAGUUUGCUCAUCCUUAGGUUCAGACUCCCUGUCGAAUUGACCACUUUGGCCACGAGUCUGCAAAGGAGAACAAGAAAUAGAAGUGCGAUUCAAUGAACUCCGGAGGACAGGGAGUCACAAGAUCCAAAAGAGAUCUACCUCCAAUGCAUUACACCCUUAAGAUAGAGUCAUUCUCCUUACUUCUGAAGACAAAAGUCGAAAAGUAUGAAUCUGAUGUUUUUGAGGCCGGAGGCUACAAAUGGAGGUUGUGUCUUUACCCAAAUGGAAACACUAAAGGAAUAGGGAAAGGCUUUGUUUCCCUUUACCUGCAAAUAGAAAAUACAAGCAAUCUUCGUCAUCGGUGGGAGGUCACCACCGAAUUCAAAUUGUUUGUGCGUGAUCAUAUAAAUGACAAAUAUUUGACUGUCCGAGAAUCGGAUGCAUCAGUAAAACGUUUUCAUGAGAUGAAGACCGAAUGGGGUUUUGAUCAAUUGCUUUCCCUUGAAACAUUCAAUGAUGCUUCUAAAGGAUAUCUUUUCAAUGACUGCUGUGUUUUUGGAGCUGAGAUUUUUGUUAUCAAACCAACUGGAAAAGGGGAAUUACUUUCUAUGGUUAAAAAACCUGCAAAUGGUUCUUUAACAUGGAAGAUCAGAGAUUUCUCUAAAUUAGAUAGGAAGUCAUAUUUAUCCAAAGCCUUUACUGCCGGAGGCAGAAGUUGGAGAAUAGACGUUAGUCCCGAAGGAUAUGGUGAUGGAAAGGGAAAUUCACUAUCUGUAUUCCUGCAACUAGUUGAUGGUGGCAAACUUCCUCCAAAGAAAACUGUGUGGGCAGAAUACAAGCUACGAGUUUUGGACCAACGCCAUGGCAAACAUGUCGAAGAAAAAAGUAACCAUAUAGUGUCACGUUGGUUUACCUCCUCCAGUCAUACACGUGGUUUCCCCAAGUUCAUGCCACUGGGAGAUCUCCGUGAUGUCUCCAAGGGUUAUGUUAGGAAUGACACUUUAAUUGUUGAAGCUGAAAUUCUUACACUGUCCGUGUCCAAGCUUUUCUCAUGAAAAUUGCACCAUUUCUCAUACUGAAAUCGUCACUCUGUUAUUCGUAUCAAUAAUUAAGCUCUCUGUUUUAUUGUUAAGUGACCUUUCUAUGAAAAACCAUGUGUUAAGAAUAAGAAUCUAUUGGAUGAUAAACUGCAGGACAGUAAUUGAUUCCUAAUCUAUUGGAAUGACUGUAAAUGCUCUUGUAUAAAUACGUGAUGUGAUCAAUAAUAUAAUUCAUUCCAGCAAA